GUUGUAAUACUAACAUUAUUGUGGUUUAAAUAUGCCGAUAAUUGUUAACGAUUUUACUUGGACACAAACUGAAACUACAGUUCAUAUUAGGAUCCCAUUAAAUCCGGGGAAACAUGAUAAAGUAGAUUUGUUUACCACGGACUCUUACAUAAAAGCGCAUUUUAAACCAUUUCUUUUCGAAGUCUUCCUACGAUACGAUGUUAACAUCAGCAAAAGUAAAUGUAUUAUUAAUGACGACGAAAUUACUUUGGAUUUGAUAAAAAACAAUGAAGAACUGUGGGAUAGUCUAGAAAAGAAUUUGAGUAAAGAAGAAAAAAAGGUUCUAAGGGAUGAAGUUUAUAAAAAGAGCCAAGAAAGGGCAAAAGAAGAUGCGGAAAACAGAUCUAUUAAAAAAAGUCAGUUAGACAGGUUUACAGUACAAAGAGCUAUGGAUUUAGAUACAAAACAACAUGCUCUGAUGGAUUCCAGAAGAGAUCACGAGAGAUAUCAAGCUAUGAAUGCUUUGGAAGAGUGGAGACAACAGACAAACAAGAAUGAUUAUGAUGUAAGUGAAAGCGGUGUUAAAAUUACCGAACUGUCAGAGAAUGAGCCUGUAAAAGUAAAAAUAAGUACAGAAAAAGCACAAUCAAAAGUGCGACCCCAAGCUACAACCCCAAGAGCACCUUUGAAGACACCUGUGAAGUCGGAAUUUGUAGAAAAAAAGAAGAAAGAAGCAGCAACUAGAGUUUUACCGAAAUUGAGGCAAACCGCGCACUUGGAAAUAACUCACACACCCAGAUCAUUUCCAACACCGAGCAGAGAAUCCACAGCAGAGGAAGAGCAGACUUGGUUGAAGAACAUCACCAUGGCUCGUAGAGCUACAGGUUUCGUAUCGGAAGACUUAAGGCCAGAGGAACAAGACCCUCAGUGGUGCAAAGAGAAGGGAGACGAAUUCUUCCGCAACGGUAACUUUUUGGGAGCAAUCAGUGCGUACACUCAUGGCAUUAAGUUGUCCGCGAAGUUGCCCAGUUUGUAUUCGAACAGGGCUGCUACGCAUUUCGCCCUUGGAAAUUUUAAUAAAUGCGUAAACGACUGCUCCACGGCGUUAGACCUCUUGAAGCCGGCGUGUGAAGGGAACCGUCAGAGUCGAGCUAGAUGCAUCGCGAGAAGGGCCGCGGCUCUGGCCAGACUCGGCUAUCUGAACAAAGCCAUUGUGGAAAUGAAAGCGGCCAGUAGAUUGAUACCCGAUGACCAAAAAAUUAAGAAGGAUAUUUACGACAUGGAAAGAGCUUGGGAACAAAAUCCGGAUUCCGAUUGAAACUAAUUUCUUCUAUUUAUUAAGGCUCUUUGAAAUUUCCAAAGACUUUCAAUUCGGAAGGUAAAUGAAACAAUUUUUUGCAAAAAAAACCGUAGUAUAAUUAU